AUGUCGACCUCAAACCCACCUUCUAGCACAUCAAGAAGGAAGUUAAAUCAAUGUGAAUUUCUUCAAGAAUCGACUUCAGAGGGUGCUUUUGAAAAUGAAGAAUAUUCUGACCAAGGUUAUCGUAUCGCCUUAUAAACAUUAAGAAACUGGCAUCAUCCAUUUCAGAAGCACAUGUUUGCAAUGAAGGUCAGAAUUUGUUGUAGGUUUUGUGCUUGUGUUAUGUUAUGUUAUAGUUUCCUAUCUUUGAAUAUACUAUAUGUUUAUAUAUGUAGAGAGUCAUGCACAUGUAUGUGUAUAAUAUAGAUUUGCGAAAACUUUCUCGUGGGAUAUAAAUAAACAAUAGCAUGUGAUCAGCCUUUUGAGAGAAUGGUUUUCUAUUUGUAGGCAGCUUGAUUAUUCAAGAACAUCCGGAUGGAAAAAGAGGUGGUCUUCAAUCUGAUUUAACUGUGACCCUCUUUGGAGACAUCCUUCUUUGUGGGUGGAAAGGAAGGUCUGCUGAUAUAAACCGAUGUGCAGUGUACUAUUCGAUAGAGACGGGUGGUGGAUACGAAAGUCUUGAAUCUUUCUGCAACAUCGUGAAUAUGCCAUGUAUGAGCAAAACUUCCUACUAUCAAAAUUUAGAAACAAUUUUAAAUGCUCUUGAGGCUGAAGCUAGAGAAGAGAUGAAACAGGCUGCAGAACGACUCAGAGAACAAAUUAUAAAGGAAAGCGGUUGUGGAGACAAGACCUCAGCUAUAGAUGCUGCUGUUAGUUUUGAUGGCACUUGGGCAAAACGUGGCUUCACAUCUCUCACUGGAAUUGUAUUUGUGAUAUCUGUGGAUACUGGGGAAGUACUUGACUAUCACAUUUCCAAAUCGUGCCAGAAAUGUAGCUUGAAAAAAGCUAAGUGCAAAACGGAUGACGAAUUUGAAGAAGGGGAAAUAGAGCAUGUCUUCUCUGGAGAAUGUGACAUCAAUUUUAGUGGCAGUUCUCCUGCUAUGGAAAAGGAAGGUGCUGAAAUUUUGUGGAGAAGAUCUCUUACCUGCCAUAACAUUAGAUACAGGUGGAUGGUUUCCGAUGGUGACAGCAAGGCUUUCAGUGCUGUGGAGGACAUUUAUGAUGGAAUUAAAGUAGAACAGAUGGAUUGUGUUGGCCAUGUCCAGAAACGUAUGGGGAAGCACUUAAUGAACUUGAAAGCAACCACAAAAGGAAAACUUGAAGAUGGAAAGACCAUUGGAGGAUGCGGUCAACUCACUGAAGAGAAGAUAAAGCAAAUUCAACGGUAUUAUGGAUUAGCAAUCAGGCAAAAUACCUUGUCUGGUGCUAAUCCAACUGAAAAGGAUGUUUCAGUUGCUGUAUAUACAAUGAAGAAAAACAUCAUUGCAAUUUUACAUUACUGUGUAAAAUCUGAAGACAGGGAAAAGCAACAUCGUUUCUGUCCUGUCGGAUAAAAUUCCUGGUGCACAUUAAUCAUUAUUUAAAUUAGUUGUAUGCUCACUUAAGACUGUGAUACCUACACUUAAAAAGAUAUUCACAUCCAAAAACCUGGCCAUUUACAACUAGAUAUCAUUUCUCAUUCAUGACCCUUUUUAGCACAGCAUGAGGUGCGGUUUCCUGGCCGGUGUCAGGUUACAAAUAGCUUUUGUGUAAACCUGUCCAUUUUAUUGUAAUCUAUAGGUUAUAAGCUUUCAGAUACCUAUUUGUCAUACCUAAAUUUAAUAACUUCAAUUUUAUAGCUGUUUAAACACAGGCCAUGUUUUCAUAUGUACCCUCCCCUUAAAGCUAAGAAAGCACCUUGUUUAAAAAUCGCUCAUCAGAGAAGGUCAACAAAACCACAGAGAAAAAACUGACAUGACAAUUGCUGAGAAUUAGCCUACUGCAGGAAAAGUAUGAAUACAUAUAUUAUUUGUGACACUACUGACACAGAAAGAGAUAUUCUCAUCUGUGCUAGUAGUAACCCAUUUUGUCACUUGCAGGUAAAAUCUUCUUUUCACAAUCAUUUAAAAUCUAAAUAUUUAACUAAUUAGUACAUCUUAUUUUACAAUUUCCUCAAAACUAAUUAAAUCUAGUAUUUUUCACAGCAAGUUUAAGGUCAAACACCAAUUAAAAGCUAUAGAACAGUUGCUUUUAUUAAUAUUAUUUUAUUUAAACAACUAGAUAGGAAUGAAAACAGACUAUAAACCAUAGUUGAAGAACUCACUUGGAUACUAGGCUGCUAUUGUCUUAUGCCAAGGGGUGAUGGCAGAUAUUAAGCUUAGUAAAUUGACAUCUUGGAUCAACAAACUUGUAAAACUACUGCCAAACUACGGUGAUGUGCAGUUGGUAACACUUGCACAUUAACAUCAGCCAUCACUAUAGUGUCCAAGUGAUUUCCAACCAUUUCUGAUGCACAAACGGUGACACUGCCCCUUAAUAUCUACCUUCAUUAAAGCCUUGACAAUCUUGCAACUGGCCGCCAUAAUAUGGGCCUGCUACCCCAUUCCCAGUUAGUUCCUACAUCACACCUACUGUAUAUCACACAGUGGCAUAUUUUUGAAAACCGAGGGCAUUUUUAUGGCAUGUGUUCAGUGAUUACUCCAGUAUACUACAUUAUAUGAUGUUAUUUGACAUUGGAUAUCAUCUGCCAUAACUCUUUGUUCAUCCAUAAAGAUCCCAUGUUAUUAUUUUCUGUCUUACUCAUCAAAGGGACGUGGUUUGAAGGAGGGGGCCUUAAAUGGCUUAAUAGAGAUUAUGGUAUUAAAUAAAAGCCAAAAGUGGGUGGGGAACCUUAUUCAAUGAAUAUAAAGACAUGAUACCCUAUGGGCAUGCAUUUAACAUUCUACACCUUUUUAUAAGAACAAAUUAAGCUAGCUAGCAAGAACUGAUGAGGUUGAAAUGGCUCACAAAUAGUGAAAUUGAAGCCUUUUACAUAAAAAGUUCAAAAACAAGAAACUCAAGCUGGACAAAAUUUCACUGGUUCUUAUAAAAAAGGUGUAGCUUUCAAGUUGUGCUGCCUAGAAUAAAAAGAGAAUAUACUAACCGUUUGUAAGAUCUCCUCUUAGUUCUUAGUUAGGUUACAUAUCUUGUAAAUGGACUUUAGGGAAUUGGCACUAUAUAAAUAAUUCGUAUUAUUAUUAUUAUUAAAUAGCGAAAAAUGUUCCUAGAUGGCGAUUUUAACUCCUUUUCGACCGGCCCUGUGAAAACUAUUGCAGAACUGCAAUAGUAUUUUGGAGAUUCAUAUCUUCGGUUCAGUACAGUACCAGUACAUGCUACGUAGAUGAAAAUACCACCAUUUGAUUCAGCGAAAUAAUAUUUCCUGAUUCCUAGUGAUAGUUUUAGUCAAAGAUAAACAUUAUUGCGAUUUAUGACCUUUGAAGGGUCGAGACGUAUCAUAUUUCAACAAAUUACAUAUUUGUUCGAAAAAUGUAAACAAUGUAUCACUAAAGCCAUCCAUACCCUUUGCCGGACACAACUUCAGCCCCUUCGAAAAUGUCUUUUUUGUUGUAGUCUUGUUCGAUUCACAAUCAAAAACACUAUUUACAGUGUUAUUUUGAGGAUUGUAAUUUCCUUCUGUUGUGAUAUUAGUGAAGAUAUACAGUGUUUCAAUCUGUUGUGAUAUUAGUGAAGUCAGCGGGAUAUUUUUUGACCGGAAAUGCAAUUUGCCAAAACAUUGUGUGUUUACAUCCUAGCGUUCGGGAAACGUCGGUACGCUACAUCUGCAGCAUGAUUUGCACGUGCAUCGGGCUACGGGUACUUCUUAUUCGCCAAUUUUAGUGUGUGGCACGCAUGUGCGAGAAAAACCAAGAAAAACCAGAUAUUUUUAAAAACUCAAAAUAAACAUUUCUACUGGGCUGUAUUCAAAUGAAAUUUUGGAUAUAAAAACACUUAAAUACAAGGAAUAUUUCACUCAUAUUGAUUUGUGGCGAACUCUGAAGAAUUCACAAGUUAUUUACGCUAUUGUGGAAAUGAAACUCCAAAUGUUUGGCCAAGUGGUGAGUAAAUAUAUGAUUGUUUCGGUUUGUCUAAUGCUUUGACGGCAUUCGAGCCCCCGCUGAAAAGGUUAUUUUAUUAGGAUUUCAAUGGUAUUCUUUGUUUUAAAGUGAAUACGCACCAAGAUAUUUACGUUAUAAACAACAGUUGAGUUGUAAAAUCAUCAAAAUGUUGCUUGUCAAUAAAGAGUUAAACAACUUUUUAGUUUCGCAGAUGUGACAGAAUUCGAUAAUUUAUAGUACUUUACAUGGACAUCACUCCUUCAAUACGUUCUCAUAAGUCAGGUGACUUUUUUCUGAAGAAAUAGAGGUUCAAUAGUCAAGGGAAGUGUUGCCCCAGACUGUCCGUCCAUAUAUUAAGAAUGGAUAUAUUAAUGCAUAAUACAGAUUUAUAAGUAUACUAACAAAUAAUGUCUGUGCUUUCCAAUUAAGAUGGGAAUGUAUCAUCACACCUAAAUAUUUUAUGUUAUCUGUUUAUUUAAUACUCUGAUCUUUUAAUAUUAAUUUUAUGGUAAAAGGAAGGACUUUUUCGGGCAGAUGAAAAACAAAACUAAAUUUGGUGAUAACUAUAUUUAAUGAUAACUUAUUGGCACAAAGCCACUCAUGGAUAUGGUUAAGUUCAUUAUUAACAAUUGAUUCAAACUGAAAUAGACUUUUAUUAGCAUAGAAAAGAGUUGAAUCAGCAAAAAUAUGAAAAUCAAGUAUAUCCGAAGAACAAUAAAAAUCAUCGAUGUAAAGUAGGAAUAACAAUGGCCCAAGAACUGAGCCUUGUGGAACUCCACAUGAAACAUGCAGGGAAUCUGACUCGAGACUUCUCAUGUAAACAAAUUGCAAUCUUUCACUUGCAUUUAACUGAGUCAAAGGCCCUACUCAAAUCCAAAAUAUACCACAAGAGAACUUACCAUCUUCAAAAGCCUUUUGAAUAUUAUCAGUAAUGGAUAUAAUGGACCUAUUCCCUAAUGAACAAAAUUUUGAUCUACACAAGUCUAGACAAAAAUGUUAUCACAGCUUGAAAGAGCAUCACAAAAUUAGUAAUAUUCCGAAGUAAUAUUCCGGGGGGGGGGGAAUAUAAAUUUAAAUAAAAGUUUCUUCGCUUGCAACCAAAACCUGUUCGCUAAAUACGUUGUUUUCAUGCAUUGUUUUCCAGUUAUAUUGUAGAUGGAGACCUUGUCUAGAAAAAAUGUAGACUGAACAUAACACUUUCUUAUUUCGUAGCCCCCCCCCCCGGUUUACCGCCAUAUUGGGUGUGGCAACGUGCAGAGGCUUCGCGCCUUCAUAUCCCAAUUAAAGCCUCUGCGGAGGAGAGAGGUAUGAAGUAAUAAAUGGUACAAAAUCUACAACCGAAACUUCUAGCUUAGGCUCAGCUGAAGUGGGUAUAAGUGGGCAAAGUGGCACUGAAAGUGAAAAGUUGAGCUAUUGUGAUCUGUUUGAAAGCUGUAUUCCUAGUGGUGCAUUCUCGUUAGUUAGAGAUGUAAAAAUAAGGCAGGACAUUGAAGAAUCUUUACGGAAACAUGUUUUGGCUGUAAGGGAUUCUCACAAACGCACUAAGGGAAGUCAAAGGUUACAACUGGAUCACCAAAAUAAGCAUUUCCAUGUAUUUGAGGAAUAUAUUACAUCAGUAGGAGAUAUUAAAGAAGAAAAUAAGGUCCUACGAGAUGAAUUAUUGGAAUGGAGGAAAAAAUAUGCUAUCCUGGAAGAUGAGCUGGAAAAGUUAUAUAAUGAAGUGAAUGUGGAAUUGGGAAAAAGGUGUGGAAAUACAACAAAUAAUGUAACAAGCAACUGCUAAUUUAUGCCAAACAGUUGGAAAAAGAAGUACAUGAUGGGAAUCUGAUAUACAAAGGCAAGAAUGUUUCUGAUGUUUCUAACAAAAGUAGAACAUUAAAAUCAUAUUUAUCCAGAGCUCAGACUGCUCUCUGGUUCUCGAAGUCAUUUGGAUUAGAAGUGGAGUCAAUGGUUGUUAGGGAAACUAGCACCAACAUUGAGCAUAACAUAAAAGUGUCAACAACAAACGAACAGUUAUCAAGUAAUCCUGAAGGAAACCAAUAUGAAAAUUUAUCCGAAAAGGACAAAGCGAAAGUUGAAAGGACAUUGUUCCUGAUGGGAUAA